CUAUGGAUAAUCAUCAUGUUGAUGGUGUUGGGAGAUUUUCUAUGUUAGCACAAGGCGCAUUAGAAGAAGUUCCUUCGAAUAUUAAUGUUGGUGUAAGAAUAUCGGAAAACGAAGAUUCACCAAUAACAUUUGAAGAAGCCCAGAAUGAGUCUGGAACUGGAAAAUAUCAAAUAUUGUUAUUGGUAGUAUGUGGUUUAGUGAAUAUGUCUUGUGCUAUAUCUACAACAGCCGUAUCAUUUAUUUCACCUGCGGCUGAAGUAGACUUCGAUUUAAAUUCAACUACCAAAGGAGUAUUAAAUGGAGCUCCAUUUCUUGGAAUGGUACUAGGAGCAUAUUUUUGGGGUAUUUAUGGUGAUUUAAAAGGAAGAAGAAUUGUUAUUUUGGGAUCAAUGGGGAUGGAUACAUUAUUUACUAUACUUUCUUCUUUAGUACAACAUAUUGAAUUGUUUUUCAUAAUUAGAGUAGGAAAUGGAUUUGCCAUAAUUGGUGCUACUUGCAUGGUUUAUGUGUACUUGGGUGAAUUUUUAACAUCUUCCAAAAGAGACAGUUAUCUACUUUUUCUUGAAUUAUUUUGGGCUUUUGGAAUGAUGGUUGGACCAGGCUUAGCUAUGGUGAUAAUUCCGAGCAAUAUUGUUUUCAUUUCAUCUAUAUAUUUUAAAUUUAAUGCUUGGAGAUUUUUUAUACUUUUAACGUCAAUACCAAGCUUUAUUUCAUUUGUAUUGAUUUAUCAAUACCCAGAAACUCCACGGUUUUUAAUGUUUCGAGGUUAUUUAAUUCAAUCCAGAGAUGUUCUUGAACAAAUAUAUUUAGUAAACAACAAAUUUACAACCAUACCGUAUCCGGUGCAAAUUUUCACUCAAACCCAUUCAGCUAUUGGGUUUGAUGCAGGAUUCAUUGGAGGCAUUCCAUUUAUGAAAAAUGUUAAAAGAAGAUUAAUUGUCCUAAAAAAUGGUCAUAUAACAUUAUUCUCUAAAUAUUUCAGAAAUAUCAUUGUGGCUUGUACUAUAGAAUUUUGUUUAAUGUCAUCAUAUAUUACUAUUCUUGUAUGGGUACCUGAAUUGUUUUCUAGAUAUUCUAAUUACAAACAACAAAACACAGAUAAUGUAAAUUUAUGUACGGCUUCAGAAUGGCAUUUAAUAUACUAUUCUAUGUUUGCUGGACAAAUAGUUUCAGGCAAUGCUUAUUUAGCUGCUUUAAUUGUUGCAUGUUCAUCAAUACCUCUAGUCCUACUUACUGGGAUCAUAAUUAAAUAUUGUGACAAAAAAUUAUUGCUAUUUAUUACUUGUGGAGUACCAGUUGUGUUCGCAAUACUGGUUCCAACAACCCAUAAUGAUCUACAAGCAGAACUAAUGUGUUGCCUUUUUGAAGGAUUUACUUCAUUAACAGAACCUAUUAUAUUUUGUACUAUUGUUGAACUAUUUCCUAGUAAUGUGAGGGGAGUGGCAUUCUCAAUGAUUGUGAUGACUGGUCGAUUAGGGGCUAUAUUUGGAAUAAUUGUUUUCGGCAUAUUGAUUGAUAUAAGUUGUUUUAUGACAUUUUAUGCCUUAGCUUUGUUACUAUUAAUUGCAUUUUUAGCAGUGGCGUUUUUACCCAAACUAAAAAUUGGUGGAGGUCAUUAG